CCCACAAAGACCGGUUUCAGAAAUUAGGGAUUCGUCCACCUAAAGGAGUGCUUUUGUAUGGACCUCCUGGAACAGGGAAGACACUGAUGGCUCGUGCCUGUGCAGCACAGACAAAUGCUACUUUCCUGAAGCUAGCAGGACCUCAACUUGUUCAGAUGUUUAUUGGUGACGGAGCAAAACUUGUUCGUGAUGCCUUUCAGCUCGCAAAGGAAAAAUCUCCAUGUAUUAUUUUUAUAGAUGAGAUUGAUGCAAUAGGAACCAAGCGAUUUGAUAGUGAAGUAAGUGGAGACAGGGAAGUGCAACGGACAAUGUUGGAAUUACUUAAUCAGCUUGAUGGCUUUAGCAGCGAUGACCGAAUAAAGGUUAUAGCAGCAACAAAUCGUGCUGACAUUCUUGAUCCUGCUCUUAUGCGUUCUGGUCGUUUAGAUCGCAAAAUUGAGUUCCCUCAUCCAUCUGAGGAAGCAAGAGCUCGAAUAUUGCAGAUCCACUCAAGGAAAAUGAAUGUGCACCCUGAUGUCAACUUCGAAGAGCUGGCUCGAUCCACAGAUGAUUUCAAUGGGGCACAACUGAAGGCAGUUUGUGUAGAAGCUGGCAUGCUCGCUCUGCGACGAGAUGCAACUGAGGUGAUGCAUGAAGAUUUCAAUGAAGGGAUAAUCCAAGUCCAAGCCAAGAAGAAAACCAGUUUAAAUUAUUAUGCUUGAUACUGAGCAUAUGAGCUUCUAGUAAUGUAGUUGAAUUGAAGGUAUAUGUUGAAAAUGUUGAUUUUAUCUUUCCCCAACAAUCUUUGUUUAGAAUAUAUUUUAUCAUGAAGCGUCAUCGAAAUAUCAUGACGCAUCAUCAAAUGUUCUCUUGCUUUGUGCUUUACCAAGUUAUCAGGGUCAGGCCAACACGCUUUCAGAGUA